GAAUUGUCAUCCUUUCCUAGCACAGCCUCUACAUCACAGGAAGACCAUGAAAGCAAUUCAGGAUCCACUUCCUCCAGGAAAUUGAGAGUAACUCUGUUAAGCAGUGAAUGGAGAUCAACGAAAGGAGGCUUGUCAACCAUCAACCGAGAGCUGGCCAUUCAGUUGGCGAAACACCCCAGCGUGGAGGUCAGUGUUUAUCUUCCCAAGUGCAGCGAGGAAGAUAAACAAGUUGCUGCAAGUCACAAUGUUCAUCUCAUUGAAGCAGAGGAAAUGGCAGGUUAUGACAAUCCAGUAGACUGGUUGUCCUCUUUACCAGACGGCCAUGUUGUGGACUGUGUGAUAGGACAUGGGGCCAUUCUUGGUCGGCAAGUGCAGGUUAUCAAGCGUCAGUGUAAGUGCAAGUGGAUUCAGGUCGUUCAUACAGCUCCUGAAGAGCUUGGUAUGUUCAAGUCCUACACAGAUGCCAUUUCAAGAGGUGAGAAGAAGCACCAGGCUGAGGUAAAACUCUGUGAAAAAGCUGAUCAAGUUGUAGCAGUUGGACCCAAGCUGGCUGCAGCUUUUUCAGGUUAUCUGCGUCCUUGUGGAAAAGAUCAAGAUGUUCUCAAUCUUACCCCAGGCAUUUUCUCUGAGUUUGCUGAUGUAAAGCAAGCCUCUCAAGAAAUAAGUUCAUUCAGUGUUUUAGUGUUUGGACGUGGCGACAGUGAAGAUUUUCAGCUGAAGGGAUAUGAUAUUGCUGCUCAAGCCAUUGCUGAGUUGAAAGACGUGACCUACAAACUUGUAUUUGUUGGAGCAACAAGCGGAGAAGAAGAUAAAGUAGCAGACUUGCUACUCAAGCAAGGCAUUGAUCGCAGUCAACUGAGGGUGCGUCGUUUUAAUGAAAGCAGAGAGCAGCUAGCCCAGUUGUUUUGUGAGGUAGAUCUUGCUAUAAUGCCAUCACGAACUGAGGGAUUCGGUUUAGCUGCCCUUGAGGCUUUAUCAGCUGGUCUGCCUGUGCUGGUUAGUGGGAACUCUGGUCUUGGCGAAGCUUUGAAGAAAGUUUCGUUUGGUUCAAACUGCGUGGUGAAGUCGGAAAAUCCAAAAGAUUGGGCCAAUGCGAUCAGAAUUGUCCGUGAAAAAGACAGAGAGAUGCGACUUGACGAGUGUAAAACCCUACGUGAAAAAUACGCUAUGAAGCACAACUGGCGAGAUGACUGUAAUAGACUUGUGGAACGAAUGCUAAACAUUUCUGGAGGUAACAUGUUCACAUUGUUAUUUAAGUUGGUCUUUAUGUUUUAG